UUUAUUCUCUGAUCAGGAGCCAAAUUUCACUCAGGAUGAUAAUUGGUUUUGCAUGAUUUCAUAACUACUUUUCCUGUGUAAAUGACCAACAAAUUCUGUGUAUAUAUCCAAUGCAACCCUGGUAAAGUUAUAAAUGUUCUAAAACAGCAUUUCCAUUGUUCACUAUGAUGUAAAACUAAUGUGUGUUUAUACAAAACAAAGAUGCCGGCAUCUACCGCAGGAAAGAUACUACUGCUUACAACCUUAUAACACUCAAAAAUCCAAAACUUUCCCUUUAAAAUAUCGUUGGGCAUAAAAUGUACUCCCUCAGUCUUUGCAGCACGGCGAAGAUGAGGUAUUUCUCUUUGGAACAUGUCUCCAACACAUUGAAGUAUGUGUUGGAAAUGAUGAAAUAGUUGGGCCACAUUUAAAGAAAGCAGGGCAUUCAUGAAGCAGUAAGCAACCCAGUUAUGGAGAGCUUGGCAGUACCCAGUCUGAGGCAAAUAGACUCUGUGUGUAGUGUUUCCAUGUCUAUGAUACCUAUGUGUCACAUUCAAGGUCAGUGAGGAGCAGGGGACAGUCUUCACAACCUACUUUUCUAAUAACUCCAAGGUAACAAUGUCUUUCAUAUAACCAGAGGAGGACUAAGUGCCAGAGCUGUGAAAAACUGAGAAGCAGUACAUUUCUUUUUUGGGGGACCUUCUUAAACACUUAUUUAUGCAAAUCUGCUAUCUUUACACGAAUACCAGGGUAGAGUGAAACACGUCAUCUUCUUCUUUAGGUGGGAGAAGUCUCCCAGUAGGUGAGUCUGCACCUGCAGCUCAUGUCCUUCCUGCUCGUGAGCAGGGCGAGUCCUCAGCUGUGUCUGUCACUGCAUGCUGCUGCCGUUUCUCAGACUUCAUAAACACUAUCUCCUUCUCAGUCGCAGCUCCUCACUCGAAUCCCAACAGGCAACAGGAGAUAAGGGCGAGCCCAGUCGCCCGUGGCAACCGCUGUGUCCAGUCAGAGACCUCUGUGCACGCCGGCAACUAGGAAGUGAGCUAAUUAACCUCGAGUUCAGAAACGGAAGGAGAGCGGCUUUUUAAUAAGAUUCACCGAGUUAUAUAAACAGUGACGCCCCUCCACGGAACUCCGUGGAAUAUUAUCGCCCCGUGUCUGUCCAUCUGUUGCGGGGAUGAGGAGGAGGAGGUGUCCUGUAACCGAGCUUUAAUGAGGCAACACCAGGGCAGCAGAAGAGGAGAGGACUGCAGAGUGCUACUGGGCAGAGACGCACUCAUUCAGUCUUUCGGUGUCGGCUGUGGGUGCAGCGCGCUGCCUGUCAGAAGAGGCUCCCCUAAUCAAAGUGUUCUCCACUGGAGGGCGAGUGCUGCAAGAGCACCGGGACGCUCCGGCAGUUCUGGAGAGACGGGACAGCGCAGCAGCUGGAGGACACACUGGCAGACAGGCACAGGGAGGGAGAGAGAGAAAUCCCCAGCAGGACUCUGCCACGCAACAUCUCUGUCCGCCGACGGAUUAAAAGCCAGCGUCCACCGCCGAAAUCACGCUGAGACAUGAACCUCUCCCGCUGAAGGAUAUUAAUGCUGAACUGAGUGGACCGGUGCUCUCUUCCAGUGUUUCCCCUCCCCUCAGUGUUCUGUCCCACUGUCUGUCACCUGGAUUGUGAGCAGCCAUGACAAAGUCCUAUGAGUUCAACUGGCAGAAGCACCUGCCUGAGUUCAUGCAAGAAGGUGCCUCCUUCGACAGGUUUGAUGAGGACCCAUACCUCUUUGAGCCCAACUGUCAGAUGAAGGUGGAUGAAUAUGGCUUCUUUAUCACAUGGAAGAGUGAGGGAAAGGAGGGCCAGGUUCUCGAAUGUUCUCUUAUCAACAGUAUCCGUGUCGGUGCCGUCCCUAAGGACCCAAAGAUCCUGUCCUCAUUCGAGGCCAUAGGAAAGACAGAGGCCGACCUGGAGGGAUGCAUCAUCUGCAUCUGCAGUGGCACUGACCUGGUCAACCUGAGCUUCAUGUUCAUGGUGGCAGAGAGCCCCGACACAGCCAGGAAAUGGAUUGAGGGUUUGAGGUCGGUGAUCCACAACUUUAAGGCCAACAACGUGUGUCCAAUGACAUGCCUCAAGAAACAUUGGAUGAGGAUGUGUUUCUUGACCAAUGUCAACGGGAAGAUCCCUGUUAGAGGUAUCACAAGAACCUUUGCAUCAGGGAAGACAGAGAAAGGGAUCUUUCAGGCUCUGAAGGAUCUAGGUCUUCCCAGUGGAAAGAAUGACGAGAUUGAACCCUCAGACUUCACCUUUGACAUUUUCUACGCGCUGACACAGAAGAUCUGCCCUCGCACAGAUAUAGAGGAGCUCUUCAAGAAAAUCAAUGGGAACAAAACAGAUUAUUUAACUGUAGACCAGUUAGUCAGCUUUCUGAAUGAAAACCAACGUGACCCGAGGUUAAAUGAGAUUCUGUUUCCAUUUUACGACCCCAAAAGAGCCAUGCAGAUCAUUGAGAAAUAUGAAAGGGACGAAGAGCUGAAGAAAAAAGGCCGCAUGUCGAGUGACGGGUUCUGUCGCUACCUAAUGUCAGACGAAAAUGCUCCGGUGUUCCUGGACAGACUAGAGCUGUACCAAGACAUGGAUCAGCCUUUGGCUCAUUAUUUUAUCAGCUCCUCCCACAAUACAUACCUGACAGGAAGACAGUUUGGAGGGAAGUCAUCAGUGGAGAUGUACCGCCAGGUCCUUCUGUCUGGAUGCAGAUGUGUGGAGCUAGACUGCUGGGAUGGCAAAGGGGAGGACCAGGAACCCAUCAUUACUCAUGGCAAGGCCAUGUGCACAGACAUCCUGUUCAAGGAUGUGAUCCAAGCAAUCAAGGAGACGGCAUUUGUCACAUCUGAUUAUCCUGUUAUUUUAUCCUUUGAAAAUCAUUGCAGUAAAAUACAGCAGUAUAAGAUGGCCAAGUACUGUGAGGAGCUCUUUGGCGACCUUCUUCUCAGGCAGCCUCUGGAGAACUACCCAAUGGAUCCUGGGCAUCCCUUACCUUCACCAAAUGACCUGAAGAGAAAAAUCCUAAUAAAGAAUAAGCGGUUAAAACCUGAAGUGGAGCAGAGGCAACUUGAAGCUUUAAAGAAGCACAUGGAGGCCGGUGAGACCAACACUCCUGCUAUCAUUAUGGGAGAAGAGAAUGAAGACGAUGCAGAGAACGGGGAAAAAGAAGCUGAAGAUAAAGAUUUGAAUUCAGAGGCUCCCAGCAUUCUGUCAGAAGUCACCAGUGACAAAGAGACGAACAGCGUUUCCCAGAGUAACGCCAUCAGCUCUGGAAAAGAGGAAGAGCGCAGCAACAGCAUCAAAAAGGUACCUGAUGACGAGGUCACAGAGAUUUCUGAAGCAACAGACGCCACAGAUAUCUCUGAGGCAUCUGAUCAAGACAACAAGAAGGGCGGAGAUGUGGCAGAGGACUCUGAGGAGGCUCUAAUAGCGCAAUAUAAAUAUGAGUCAGCCACCACAAAUAUCCACCCGUAUCUCUCAGCCAUGGUCAACUAUGCACAGCCGGUGAAGUUCCAGGGUUUUGAUGUUGCAGAAGAGAGGAAUAUCCACCACAACAUGUCAUCCUUUAAUGAGUCAGUGGGCCUGGGCUAUCUGAAGACCAACGCCAUCGAGUUUGUCAACUACAACAAGCGUCAGAUGAGCCGUAUCUACCCCAAAGGAGGCAGGGUGGACUCCAGUAAUUACAUGCCUCAGAUCUUCUGGAACGCAGGCUGCCAGAUGGUCUCCCUCAACUUCCAGACCCCAGAUCUGGCCAUGCAGCUGAACCAAGGAAAGUUUGAGUACAACGGCUGUUGUGGGUACCUGCUGAAGCCAGACUUCAUGCGUCGGUCAGACAGGACGUUUGACCCUUUCUCUGAGACGCCGGUGGAUGGCGUCAUUGCAGCAACCUGCAGCGUCCAGGUGUUCUCAGGACAGUUUCUGUCUGACAAAAAAAUUGGCACAUACGUUGAAGUAGAUAUGUACGGCUUGCCCACGGAUACAAUUCGGAAAGAGUUCCGCACACGCAUGGUGAUGAACAAUGGACUCAAUCCAGCCUACAACGAAGAGCCCUUUGUUUUCAGAAAGGUAAUCUUACCAGAUCUGGCGGUGCUGCGCAUCGCAGUGUACGACGACAACAACAAGCUGAUUGGCCAACGCAUCCUGCCUCUGGACGGCCUGCAGGCUGGCUACCGUCACAUCUCCCUGAGGAACGAAGGCAACAACCCUCUGUCGUUGCCGACAGUCUUCUGCCAAAUCAUCCUCAAGACCUACGUGCCCGACGGCUUCGGAGCUAUUGUGGAUGCUCUAUCAGAUCCAAAGAAGUUUUUGACCAUAGCGGAGAAGAGAGCCGACCAGAUGAAGGCCCUGGGGAUCGACACGAAUGACAUAGCAGAUGUUCCCAAUGGAAGCUCAAAGAAUGACAAGAAGGGAAAGGGAAAAGGAGACACAGGGAAAGCCAGUGUGACACAACAAGCCAGCUCAGAUAUGGCCCAGACCUCCAAUUCUAUCCAAAACAACACAAACGAGAACAAGAAGGAUACUGCGCUUGUGCCUAAUGUGAGCAUUGAUGACUUAAAGCAAAUGAAGAGCUACCUAAAGCUGAUUAAAAAGCAGCAGAAGGAGCUCAACACUUUAAAGAAGAAACACUCAAAGGAUCAAAAUGCAAUGCAGAAAGCCCAUUGCACUCAGGUGGAUAAGAUGGUGUCCCUCCAUGAAAAGGAAAAGACUAAUCUGGAGAAACUGUUGGAGAAAGCCAUCAAGAAACGAGGGGAGAACAACUGUCAAGAGCUGAAGAAGGAGACAGAAGAUAAGAUCCAAACUCUCACCACAGAUCAUAAAGCAAAGGUGAAAGACAUCACAGCACAACACACUAAGGAGUGGUCGGAGCUGAUCAGUAGUCACAGCAACGAAGAGCGCGAGAUGAAGGACAGUCAUGUUACCCAGCAGUGUGAGCAUCUCAAGAAGCUCCUUUCUAGUGUCCAGGAUCAGCAGACCCUGCAGCUCAAAGUCAUUCAUGAAAGGCAAAGCAAAGAGAUGCGUGCCAACCAGGCCAAGAUGUCCAUGGAAAACAGUAAAGCAAUCAGCCAAGACAAAAGUAUCAAAAACAAGGCAGAGCGAGAGAGGAGAGUGCGGGAGUUAAACAGCAGCAACACCAAGAAGUUUUUGGAUGAGAGGAAGAGGUUGGCUAUGAAACAUCAGAAGGAGAUGGAGCAGCUGGAGAAAAAUCAGAGGGAGCAGUUGGAUAAACUGGAGAAGCACAACGAGCAGCUUUUGAAAUCACACCAUGCAAACAAACAGGUUCAAGGCCAAGGACAUCCAGCAGAUGGUGAAGUUGGAGGAGGAGAUGGACCGUAGACCUGCCACGGUGGUCUGAGCGACUGACCGAGUCACGGGCCCACACACGUACACGCCUACACACUCCUACACGCACACACAGAGCGGUGCAGAAACACUCCCCCUGCAGGACAUCCUCUACAGUGCAGAGAUCAUUCUCUCUAAACAGUCUGUUAAUCUAAUCCUGACUCAAACACGUGGAAGCUUUUUUCCUUUGUUCACCCCAGCCACGCCUCGUGUCUUCUGCACUUUUUAUCCUGCCAAUCAACUUUGUACCACUGAGCCAUUGCUGCUUGUCGCUGUUCCACCGGGGGCGUGACCACUUCUAUCAGGGACAGGAAACGUUACUUUGCGGAUCAAGCAACAAAAACAGACAUCCUUUCCUCCUCCACAGUACGUAGAUCUCAGUGAGUCGUUGACUUCAGCGAGUUUUCUACACGGUAAAAGCUUCAGCUGUUGGUAGAAUCAAGCACACACAUGCAUCAUGGUUCACACACAGCAGAUAUCUAUUCCUGUUUUGUUUUAAUUGGCACCCAAUAAACUCACAGUUUCCGUGUGUAAAGAGGGGAGAGGAGUUGUUCGACUUUGUUACUCCAGCACAAGUGAAUAAACUUUGUGAAAUACACUGUACACACACCACCAGUCCUGUCCUGAGCACUUUGUAUAUGAUAGGUUGUUCAAUGUGGGAAAUGUAGCAGUGCACUACUGUAUGUUUCUGUGUCUUUCAGUAAGAAUGUAUCUUAAAAAACCAAACUAUUAAAAGGUAACUCUUAGAGAGAGGACCCCUUCCUCACCAAUAUUGAUGUCUUGUUGAGUUGGAUACCUGUAAAGGGAUGACGGGUAAUUAAUCACAUCAGUUAUUACUAAUAUUCAGUCAGAUUUUUAUGUUGAUUUACUAUUUGAUACAGAAAGUCAAAUAGAUGGUGCAAUAACUUUCGCACAGACUUCAUUUAUCAGAUUCCAGCUGAAUACAUCUCUCUCAUAUUCAAUAAAUUAGAAUAUUAUCAAAAAGUUACUAUUUAUUUUAGUAACUCGGUUCACCAAGUGAGACACACUAAUGCUUCAACCUUUGUUAAUUAUGAUGACUUUCCACCUGCAGCCAAUCAAAACCCAGAAAAGAACAAUUUAACAUCUGAUUAAAAGGUUGCUAACUUUCUAAAGCUACUUUCAAUCUGUCAAAUGAAGCUGUAUCACAGAUUCUAAUUUAUUGAGUAUGACUGUAUAAAUCCUGUGGGGACACAGGAUCAUAUGUACUAUGCAAAAGUAAAUUCACCCCCCCCCCCCUAAAA